AAUAUUUUAAACAAUAAAUAAAUUCAAAAUAAAUUCAAAAUAAAUUCAAAAUAAAUUCAAAUAAAAUGUCAAAAAAAGCAGUUGCAGUUCUCAAAGGAGAAAAAGUAAAUGGUGUUGUUACCUUCAGACAAGAAGGCGAAGAUAAGCCAGUAACAGUCGAAUAUGACAUUAAUAAUUUAGAAAAAGGAAAGCAUGGUUUCCAUGUUCAUGUUUUUGGUGACACUACAAAUGGAUGUGUUUCUGCAGGUUCUCAUUUCAAUCCAUUUAAUAAAACCCAUGGCUCUCCCUGUGAUACUGAUCGUCAUGUUGGAGAUUUAGGAAAUAUUGAAGCUACUGGAGGAGCUACAAAAGGUACUAUUACAGAUUCUGUAAUUUCUUUGUGCGGUAAAAAUAGCAUUAUUGGCCGUACAAUGAUUGUCCAUGCAGAUGAAGAUGACUUGGGUAAAGGAGGCCAUGAUGAUAGCAAAACAACUGGUCAUGCAGGUGCACGUUUAGCUUGUGGGGUUAUUGGGGUAGCUGAAUAAUCAAAAAAAAAACAAUUAUAAAGAAGAUUUUGAUAGUAAUAAAUAAAGUUAAUUCAUCUUU